AUGCUCACUGCGGCUGCAGCUCAUCGCCUGCAGCUCAUUCAAACCCAGGGCAGACCGCCUAACGUUGUGACGGCUUUCAGAUGGUCUUAUUCGUUCCAUAAGAGCAAGACCUAUCAGCUAGUCAACCAGCUUCUCACCGAGGAUGAAGUAGCCCUCGCAGAUACAACUGUUGGCACAAUCCUCUAUCUCGCCGCGGCCGACCUGAUUUCAGGCGACAUUUCUUCGGCACUAAUUCAUCUGGCGGGACUGUCACAAGUAGUGAAGCUGCGAGGCGGCAUUCAAACUCUACCACGACUCCUGGCCUUCUUCUUAAAUUUUACCGAUUGUAUGCUUGCCAUGACUAUUCUCGAAAGACCUCGUUUGCCGCUGUAUUCCGCCAGAAUUGCUGGAUUCAACCAUGUUUCUGCCACCGCAGCACAACCACCACCACCGCCGAUCGAACAACCCGCGUUUCAUGGCUCGGAACUGUCACAAAUUCUCGACCGUGAAUCACUAGGCAUACUCUCCGAGAUUCAAACCUUGGAUGAAGGCUUUGAACAUUUCACCACCCGAGUCGCAACCGUCUCCGAUUUGGACGACAUCGAAUACCGAUGCGUAGCAACUCAACACCGCCUCUUGAGCUUCGACUACAAGAGUUUGAUGUUCACCGACGCUGUAUCCCCCACGGUUCACACCGAGUCUCAAAUACUUCAAGGCUGCUGUCGCCUCACAAUGCUGAUCUACUUUGCAACGGGCGUAUGGCGUUUCCCGGACGUCCUCCCGGAGAGUGCUCAGCUCAUGAGCAUAAUCUCCGUCCUCGAGAACCUCCUUGCCUCCCUCUCUCCCUCUCCGACAUGCGCGUCUCAAGGUUCGUCCUCCCUCGACUGGCAGCCGGCCCACCCUGAAGCCUUGUUGUGGAUAUGCUUCUACACCGCCUUCUCAGCCACUGGUUCCCAACGAACACGUUUUGUCGAGCUCAUUCGGCGAACCUGCAACGUGCUCCGAGUGAGAAGGUUCAGGGAUGCUGAAGCUGUUCUGGACAAGUUUUUGUAUAAGCGCGCCGUGUUUUGUCGCCCGUUUCUGGAGGUUUGGGAAGAAGUGGUCUACCUGAAUACAACAUUAGGAUUGCCAGAUCCGAGCUAG